AUUGUGAUUACUCGCUGAUCAAAAGCGUGUCAUCAAUCUUAUAAAGACUCUUUUUCUCCAUUUCCGUCGGUUCACGUUUUCCCUUCUCCACUCCGCUCCUACCGGCAACCGCCAAAUCCGCCGCAUUUUAGAUUCAUCGUUAGCUAGGAAAAGAUCUACUGUGUGAAGAAACUAUGGCCGACAAAAUCUUCCCAGCUUCAAGGCCCACACCCAACAGCACCGUCCCCGUUGCCGCCAACGGCGGCGGAGCAAACCAACCGUUCCCACCUAAAGCUCAGUCCUACAACCCCGCGCGCGCCGUGUACCGCCCGCAGCAAUUACCCCGCCGCCACAGACGAGGUUGCUGCUGCCGCUGCUGUCUCUGGACCACCUUCCUCAUCGCCAUCCUUCUCAUUCUGGCCGCAAUCGUCGGCGCCGCAUUCUGGGUCCUCUACCACCCUCAACGCCCCACCUUCUCCGUCAACUCGCUCCGCUUCUCGCAGUUCAACCUCACCUCCACGACGCUGUCCUCGAAGCUCGAGAUCUCCAUCUCGGCGCGUAAUCCCAACAGAAAGGUCAUCUACAUCUACGAUCUGGCUACGAUUUCCGCAACUUCCGAUGAAAUCGAUCUGGGAUCCGGAUCUAUUCGUGGAUUCGAACACGGAACUAAGAACUCUACGGUUCUGAAAGCAACAAUCGCUAGCUCAAGGAAGACUCUCGACGGCGGAGAUCUAAAGAAAUUGAAGUCAAAGAAGAGCCUGCCGUUGACUGUUCGGUUAGAUACUAAAGUCAGAGUGAAGGUGGGAAGCCUGAAAACGAAGAAAGUCGGUGUUAGGGUCACUUGCGGCGGAAUCCGCGUAAACGUCCCAUCCGGGAAGUCGCCGUCGAGAGCUACCUCCACCGACGUAAAAUGCCAGGCUAAUAUCCGUGUCAAGAUCUGGAAAUGGACUUUCUAAAAGAAAUAAAAAGAAAAGAAAUUUAUCAUUAUUAUUACUUAUUAGUGGUUUAAAAAAAAUAGUUCUCGGUAUAUUCUUUGAUUUUUGUUAUUAGGUGAGAUUUUUAUUACUAUAAAUAUUGUGAUUGUAUACGUAAUUUACGCCAUUAUUAUUAUUGCUUAGUUCGAGUAUCCUUUUGGAGGUUUAAUCCAAUUUGGUAAUAAUUGGGUGGUUGUAUUGAAUUGGUAUUGAAUAUUGAUUCUUUGAUUUGUAAUGUUUAUAUAUACCAAUAAUUGUGAUGAAACUGUGAAACGAUUAAAAUAAU